CGACCCAGUUCGGUGGGAUUCCCGGUCCACUUGGAUCCGCCUCAUCAGUUUUUAAAGGCUGCCAAAAAGCAAAAUGUCUCCAAUCAAACCCAAGCUUGAUCAGGAGACCAUCUCCUGUUCCAUCUGUUUGGAUCUCCUGAAGGAUCCGGUGACCAUUCCCUGUGGACACAGCUACUGUCUGGGCUGUAUCAAAACCCACUGGGAUAGAGUGGGUAAGAAGAGAGUCUGCAGCUGCCCUCAGUGCAGGAAGGACUUCAAGCUGAGGCCUGACCUGGUGAAAAACAUCACGUUAGCAGAGCUGGUGGAGGAGCUGAAGAAGAUUGACCUCCAAGCUGCUCCAGAUUAUCAAUGCUAUGCUGGACCUGAAGACGUGUCCUGUGACGUCUGCUCUGACAGGAAACUGAAAGCUGCCAAGUCCUGUCUGGACUGUUUAGUUUCUUUCUGUGAGAAACAUCUCCAGCCUCACCAUGAAGCUCCACCAUUACAGAAACACCAGCUGGGGGAGCCCUCCAAGAAGCUCCAGGAGAACAUCUGCUCUUCUCAUGAUGAGGUGAUGAAGAUCUUCUGUCGUACUGAUCAGCAGUGCAUCUGUUAUCUCUGCGCGAUGGACGGACACAAAGGUCACGAAACGGUGCACGUUUCAGCAGGAAGAGCUGAGAAGCAGAAGGAGCUCGAGGCGAUUCGACAACAAAUCCAGCAGAGAAUCCAGGACCAAGAGAAAGAUGUGAAGAUCUGGGACAUCCCGGCCAGCGGGGUCAAACAGAAUGUCACCAGGCCCAGGAAGACUCUGAUUGGUCACUCCAGGAGGGUGGCCAUCAUUGAAUGGCAUCCAACCGCCAAGAACCUGCUGCUUAGCUCCGCCUACGACUACAAGGUCCUCCUCUGGGACGUGUCCCGGCCCGAGGCAGUGAUCAGAUGUCCGGCCCGGGUGGUGCUGAUGCCCGUUCACCACCGGUACCCGUCCGAGGCGCUGCUGCUCUCCGUUAGCUUCAACAGCGACGGCAGCAGGCUGGCCGUCACGUCCAAAGACAGGCGUGUUCGAGUCCUGGACCCGCGGGCCGGGAAGAUUCUCCAGGUGUCCAACAAAAAGACACACAAGGCCAACAAAGUCUUAUACAUCACGGGGCUGAAGAUGCUUCUGUCCACUGGGAGCUCGUCCUGGAACCACAGACAGAUCGUCCUCUGGGACCCCGACGACUUGUCUGAGCCUCUGUUUGAAGAGGACCUGGAUGGAUCUGCAGGAGUUCUCUUUCCGUUCUACGACCCAGACACACAAAUGCUCUACCUGGCUGGAAAGGGCGACGGGAACAUCAGAUGCUACGAGCUGAGCCCUGAAAAACCUUACAUGAACUUCCUGAUGGAGUUCAGGUCUCUGCUACCCCAGAAAGGCCUCGGGGUGAUGCCGAAGCGUGGCCUCAAUGUGAGCGCGUGUGAAGUUUUCCGGUUUUAUCGUCUGAUUACUGUCAAAGACCUGGUGGAACCACUGUCCAUGAUCGUACCACGAAAAGAGUCAGGGAUUUUCCAAGCGGACCUGUACCCAAUGACAGCCGGGAACCAGCCGGCUCUGAUGGCCCAGGAGUGGCUGCAGGGGAUCAACAGGGGCCCGGUUCUGAUGUCCCUGAAGCCAGAGACUCAAGUGGAAAAUCCAUACGCCAAAGUCCCUGCAGAGAAGACCCAGUUAAAGGAGCUGGGCUCCGUCAGGUUCCAGAUGAGUCCGACCGCUCGUUCUCAUUUCGUUGCCUUAAAGGAUUUCCUGGAGGAGCAGCUGGCCUAUCAAGACGCCAAAUAUCCCAGAGACCUGAUCUGUGAUCUGUCAGGGUGGCACCCCGACGAGACGCAGUUCCCACUCUGGACCUACUGCUGCACCCCCCACUGCUGCGAACCCGCAGAGAAACCCCCGCCAACAACCGAGACUGAGCUCCUGAAGGCCUUUUAUAGACAACAAGACGAGAUCAGAGACCUGAGGGAGGACCUGCUUCAGAAAGACAGGAGUCUCGCUCAGCUGGAGUUGGAGAUAAAGACCAGCAGGAGCAACAUGAGGGCGACCGUCUGA